AUGCUUCACACAUCUCUUAAGAUCAUAGUAACCAAAGGCUAUGUCAAGUUAUUGAAGUAUGGUGACUCGCUUUACCGGUGCAAGUGUGUUAAGGUUGUUGCUCUUGGCCACAUGUGCACUGUGAUCAAGAGGGUUGACCCGAGUUUGGCUUAUUUAGAACAGGUCAGACAACACAUGGCUAGGCUUCCCUCUAUUGAUCCAAAUACGAGGACUGUUUUGAUCUGUAGAUAUCCUAAUGUUGGUAAGAGCUCGUUCAUUAACAAGAUUAUGAGAGUUGAUGUGGAUGUCCAGCCCUAUGCUUUCACUACCAAGUCUCUCUUUGUAGGUCAUAUUGAUUAUAAAUACAUGAGGUACCAAGUAAUUGAUACGCCAGGGAUUUUAGACAGGCCUUUUGAAGAUUAUAAUAUUAUUGAGAUGUGUAGUAUCACUGCUCUAACACAUUUGAGAGCUGCAAUCUUGUUUUUCUUGGACGUCUCUGGAUCUUGUGUCUGCAACAAGACAGACUUGCAACCACUAGAGGGGAUAUCAAAGGAAAACAUGAAGUUGGUCAAUGAGAUGAAAGCUGAAGCCUUGAAGACUCUAGUUGGUCAAGGAGGUGAGCCUACAGACAAUAACAGUGUAUUGUUGACCGUGAGCACUUUGACAGAAAAGGAGCAAUUGCUGUGA